CGUGCAUCUCCUUCCUGGUGCUCAUCCUGUACGUAGUGAACGUCCAGCUGACCGAAAUGUCUGAAGACCUGGUGAGGAACGACGUGGGAAGUGCUUCAUUCUACCUGAAGGACAAGACCUCAGAGUUCCAGGUGGGAUACUACCUGCUGAUCCCCUACAUGGUGCUGAGUCUGCUCGCCAUCCUCCUGGUCUACCUGUAUGAGCACGCUGCCUACACACACAGACAGGAGCAGCAGAGGCCCACAGAGGACGCUCCUAAAGAGAUCAUGAUGUAUUAAUAUAUAUACACAGGAUACAGAUUCAUAAGAUCCUGACUACAACAUCUCCCUAACAGACGGACACAGACUGUGUUGACUAGUAAAACUCUGUGUCCUGAAAUGUGCGUGAUCCAGGACUGAUCRGAGCCCUUAUAACAUAUCUCACAMGCUUAUAUAAUUAACUCGGAUCACCUUGUUUCAUCGUUACUACAUUUUCCUCUUGCUUUAUGUUUAUAUAUUUAUGAAUAGCUGACAUUUUACAAUCCYAUUMAACUCAAAUGCUUWAAAAAAAUGACACUUCCUGCUUAGUAAAAUACUGUGAGGUUGAUGGUGUGUUUAUCUACWAACAGAAGAAUACAGCAAGUUGAUUACACUUAUAUAUAGUUGUUUUUUUAAACACCAGAAGACAAUAAAUUGGUUUCUUCCGUAAAUAAAUCAUAAUAUAUA